CAACGCUACUCCAUUCCGUGCCUUGAUAUUAAGUUCUGGAUGACUUCAUUCAUUUAGACCCUUAGAAUCCAUACUAGUUGCUCUUCUAUUGUGAAAACGACUUUAAUAAGUACACAGUCCUUUGUACACCACUUGGGUGCCACACUGUCAAGGAGCUGCUUUGGCUGACUAAGAUAAUCGAGCCAUGCAUCUCACCACACAUUCAUAUCUGCCUUACCUCAUGCUUCUUACAUCUUCAUGCCUUGAUUGCCAUAAAAUACAGCAACAUGAUUGACAAAGAUUCCAAGUAUUUUUCUCUAAGCGGUGACAUCCCAAUUGGUGGACCAAGCACCUGGCAUAUUAUCGACUGGGACCAGAGACGGGUUGUCUCAGUAACUAUGGACGGUGAGCAGGACGACGAGAGCCUCGCCAUUGAACAUUUCAGCCGCCAUAGCGAUCCACUAUCACCCGAUAUUCACAGAAUAUAUGUAUCGCAUAACGACGAGAUCAACUCAACAUAUACGGACUCGAAAAAUGAUCCAACCUGCUGUGUACACUAUCCAUCCCUUCACGAUGCCUGUCCCCCAGAAGAAGAAGUUCAAACUGUUCGGCGAGACAAGCUUGAGGAACUCGAGAGGCUUGGUCCCAAUGCGGACCUUGUUGCAUACUCUCCAUGUAUAGAGGGAUCUGCUAAAAAGGUCGUCUUUAAGUACUACUUCUUGUGGCAGUCGCCCAAAUGUCCUGGAAGGAGAUGAAUCUAUGGAUGCGUCUCCCAUGCCAUCCAAACAUCGUCCCGUUUGACCAAGUGGUCGUUGACGAGCUUGAGGGUCGUAUAGUCGGAUUCACUAGCAACUAUGUGCCUGGCGGCAAUCUAGAGGAGAACAAGUCGCGCGUGUUCAAGCUCAAGUGGCUACAACAACUUGUAAAGGUCGUAGACGAAUUGAACCUCGGACAUGGCAUCGCGCACCAAGAUAUCGCUCCACGGAAUCUCCUGAUCAAUGAGUCGACAGACUCUAUCAUGCUCUUUGAUUUCAACUUCGCGGCCCGCAUCAACUGUCCCUCAUCUGGAGAGGGUGAGAGCUACGUCGAGGAACGGAACGAUAUCAAGGGCGUUAUAUUUACCAUCUACGAGAUUAUUACUCAAGAUGAUAGUCUCCGGAGUAUUCCUCACGAAGAUCAAAACCUCGAUAACAUCGAGUUAAAAUGGGUGAAGCAUCCGGGGGUAAAGCUAGACCAUCCAGUCGAAUCAUAUCAACUUAUGUUGAAGGAAUGGCGGGAACGAAGGGAACGAGACUCUCGUUCAGGCAAUGUCCCAAGGCUCAUUGACUGGCCGGCCAUGCCCAAGCCACCGCAGAAGACCAUUUCUUUAAAAACUGUACAAGGGCAGACAACCUCCGUCACAGUGGACAACUGGUAUGAGAGGCGGCAGGAUAUCCGGGGUAGAGGUGAUAAGGUACUAAACUGGGAACGGCCACCACAGAGACUACUAGACAACGGGAUUCGGGUGCUCUCGACCGGUGAGAUACCCAACUGCUAAAAAGCCGGGUUUCUCGAAGCUGUAUGUGGCCCAAUACGCGUACGCAGGUCUACGACGUAAGUAUCUGGCUUCCGCGGAAGCAAAUACACAGGGUAGUUUUGUCACAAACCUCGGAACAAAAACCAAUUCAAAUAUGCAUCUCAGCCGUGAUGGCGUGGUAGUUCGGGGGGCUAGGAGAAUGCAUAAUUUAUGGAGAAAUAUCAACCAAUUCGAUCCCCUUUCCUUAUAUAUUGGUUAAUUCUUCUGCAACACCAAUGGUUUAAGCAAUUACUCUGGAUUUGGCCAGUGCAUAAAUUCAAGAUGAACAGUAUACUAAACGUUCAUCGUCCGAUCUUUGCAGUGACUCUUGCGAAGAACAAAUACAUAAUCCCUCACAAGAUAAGUUUCGCAUCUAUCCUUUAUAAAAGUCUCCUAGACAAGAGAAGAAUACCGAGUAGCAAUCUGGCAAUUUCAUCGCAAUACACGUUCCGUAUGCCAGCCAAUUCAGUUAGCAAUGACCAGAGGUGCGGUAUCUAACCGAAACUUAGCGAAAUCCGAAGACGAGUAUU